AUGGUACAUGAUGGGCCUCCUGUGGAUGAAUGGAACUGGUCUGUGGACUCGACUGGAGCUCACCUGGUCCAAAACACAGAUACACUCAUGCCAUGCCAUGACAUAUGUUGUGCGCCAACAUUUUUCCUAAAAAUCAGUAAUACCAUAAAUGUGUAUGCAUGGCACGGGCCCAUAGGGAAAACAGAGAAAAAUACUUUUUGGAAACCAAAAGCCUUGCCUGGUCGUGGUGAGGUGAACAGAACAAAGGAUGUAUAUUCUUACUUAUCUUCUCAGAGACGGGUUAAAUCCUGUAAAAACAGAACAGUGAAAAGAAGGUCUGAUUCCCAGACCAAAGAAAAUGGAGCCAUGCCCAAUAAUUGUCUGACCACUACUAACCCUGAGCUACAAAAAAUGAUGAAGAAGCGUCCGUCAUUGGCACCAGUUGCUAAGGAGUUUGUGGACUUUAUACGUGCUGGAGACCACAAAAAUGUGAAACGAAUGAUAAAGGAGCGUGUGGUGGAUGUAAACAUGCGAGAUACAGAGGACCCUGUCCUGCCUACUCCACUUCUGAUUGCUGCAGAGAUGAAUGAUGAGGAGAUGGUACGGCUGCUGUUGAAGGCUAAACCCACUCCAGCCAACAUCAAUGAUGAGACGACCAAGGGCAAGCGGGCAAUAUGGUUGGCAACCAAGAAUGGCAAUGUUAAAAUGGUAGAAUAUCUGCUUAAUGGGAAAACACAAUGUGAGGUCAACACAGUAGAUAAAGAAUCAGGUUGUUCCCCUUUGUUCCGUGCUGUUCUCACAGAGUCCACAGAGAUCUGUCAGCUGUUAAUAAGAGCAGGAGGAGAUGUUAACCUCCGGAGAUUGUCCUUAGAGAACAGUAAUGAGACUCCACUCAUCAAAGCCAUUCAGAUGGACAAUAGGGAUAUCUGUGAGGUACUGAUAAGUUCACUAUGUAAGCUGCAGACAAAGACGGACGCUGGUCUGAAUGCAUUACACUUCGCUGUGGCGUACUGUCGGUAUGAUAUUACAGAGUUACUGGUGGAAAAUGGAGCCAAAAUCCAUGCGAAAAGUAAUGCUGGAGUUACUGCCAUGUCAGUCGCUAUAGAAAACCAUAAUGCUGCCAUGGUGAAAAUUUUAUUGAAAAACGGGUAUAAAGUGGACAAAAGAUAUAAAUGGAAGGAAACACCCCUUCAACAGGCUAUCAAAUUACAUGCCACAGAGAGUGCACUGACUUUGAUACGUCAUGGCUGUACUAUAAAAAAGGACAAAGGAUCGUCGUAUAUGUACAUGGCUGUAGAGGAAAAACUGGUACGGAUUAUAAAAUUUUUAGUGGCACUUAAUCCUUUAUCUUUAAAUGAGGAAUGGUUGCAAAAACAGAUGUGGCCAGUGUCUAUUUAUCGUCGACCAGAUAUAUUCAAUUGGCUUCAGAAAGAGGCUUCAACUCCACAGACUCUUAAGCAACUGUGUCGUGCACGGAUAUUCAAAUUAAUGGGAACUCAUGCCCCUGCCAAGGUCAGUGACCUCCCUCUGCCUGAACCUCUCCAGGAAUAUCUACAGUACAAUGAAUUUGUAAAGGAAGAAUAUUACCAAAGAAAACCCCUAAAUUCCAAAGAAUGUCCGUUUGACUGUCCAGCAAAGUGUUCAUACAGGCACUGUCCUCCAAUAGAAGUGUCCGAUUCCGAAUCUGAUUCAGGGUCAGACUCCGAUAUAGAUUCAUCUUAACAUACGAACUGACA